AUGGGUACAACGUAUAAGCAGUUGUUUAAAUUAUAUGAUUUGAUUCAUAGUGGUGAUAUCAGGUCGAUCAAACAUAUUCUUGACAAUGAUUUUAUAGAAAUAAAUAAAAUAUUACCAUGUAAAGGUAUUGGCAUUCUACACUUAGCUGUGGGAAUUGACCCUUUGCUUAAAUCUAAAGAAUGUACAGAAAUUAUAUUAAAAUGUGGAGGAGAUCCAAAUCUACGUAAUGACGAUGGUGUAACACCAGUUCACAUAGCUGCAAUAUGGGGACGAGUUGAUAACUUGAAGCUUUUGAUUGGCUGUGGUGGUGAUCCAUCACAACGGGACUUAGAUGGUUUAUCCGCAUUUGACUAUGCGGUCAGAGAACAACAAUGGGAUAUAUAUGACUAUCUUCAUAAUGUGGAAGAUCAAAUGGAUGACUCUUUGGCAUCUCCUUGUGCUUAUUCAUUAGAUUUAGAUAGAAUAUUAGUGACUACAGACCAUAUGGUCGCAGAAUACAAACCGUCAGUAGAUAAACAAAUAAGCAAUAACACUAAUAUACGAAAAUCAGAAAUGGUAGAGGAAUGGUGUGACAAAACGAACCUUGUUAUGAACAAACUGUAUCCGACUAUACUUAGUGAAACAUGUUGUUUAUUGGAAAAUGAAUCAAUCCCUUGGAAGAAUUGCGAUUGUAUGGAAUUGAUAACAGAUCUCAAUAAAAAUAGUACCUCACAACAAACUGAGAUAAAUGAAACUAACAGUAGUUUUAAGUCAUGUUUAUCGAAGCAAUCAACUGAAGUAGAAAUUAGUGGUAUACAUCGCUUAGAGCAAACAUUGGACAAAACGAAAGACCAUUUAAGUAACUGCACUCAUUUAGCUUGCGAUACAAAACAAAGGCUAAGCGUUUAUGAGAAUUUCUCACUACCUGGAUCUCCAAAAUGCAUCACACAUAAAAACUAUAAAACAAAAACUAGUUUAAAGAAAUGCAAAAAUUACAACCAUGAAACUGAAAUCUGUUGUAAAAUGCAAAGAAUGACAUUUAAUGGUUCCCAGUCUAAUCUCACUGACAAUAGAUCCGUAGAUUUAGAUAGAGCUUUAGCGGUAGUCCAAAAUAAAACAAAUGAGUGGUUGUCCACAUGCAGUAGCAGCGACUUAUCCGAAACAAGAGCAGGUAAUACUAGGAGAUCAUCAGCAAGUAGUGGUGUAAGCAGUAACUAUUCAGGAGGAAAUAUAGUAAUAGCAAAUGUUCAGGAGGAAUAUAAAUAUGAGGACAAAGACGAAGAUGUAAUAUUAAUUGAAAAAAGACUCCUUGUCUCACCAGUUGUGUUACCUAUUGAUGAAUCAGAUAUGAGUACACCAGAUCAAACCAUUUUAUCAGUUGCUUCCUCUUUACCAUCGUCUAUGGACUAUGAUGUAAAUACAUUACGAACAGAGCUGAUUCGUCUCGGUUUUAAUCCUGGACCUAUACACGAAAAUACAAGAACAUUGUACCUGAAAAAAUUGCAAACACUCAAGAAAAGUCCUAUUGUUAUAAACAAACAGGGAAAAACAUACAGCAUAGAAUUAGAAAAAUCAAUACGGACAGCUGAUUGGAUGAAUGACUUAACACCAUACAUGGAGUUAGAAAGAAAAGCUCGGGCCGAUUUCGCUAAUCCGAAUAAAAAAUGGCGUGAAGGCACGACGAAAACCUCAUUCACUUAUCUUCUGCUUGACCCAAGACUCACAAACAAUUUACCAGCUAAAGCUAAUAAACAAAAUCCUCAUGAGGCAUGGAUUACAUUCAUUAGUUCUAUAUUUUAUGUUGGAAAGGGUAAACGUUCCAGACCCUACUCACAUUUAUAUCAAGCAUUAACCUUGUGGAAACGAGAUUUUAAAACUUCAAAUGAUAAAAAAGUCCAACAUAUUUUAGACAUCUGGUCUGAUAAAGUAGGAGUGAUUUGUCUCCACAUUUUCCAAAAUGUUAUUCCUGCAGAAGCUUUUACUUACGAAGCUGCAAUGAUUGACGUUCUUGGUAUACAAAAUUUGAAAAAUUUAAAAAGUGGAAAUUACUAUGGAGUUAUAGCUUCUUGGCCUUUGAAAGAGCGACGUAUGCUUGGACUGUAUCUUUUGUAUAAAGCCAUGCAAAUAUUUCUGACUGAAGGGGAGCGGCAAUUAAGACCUAGUGACAUAGACUGA